AUGAAUCAGGAUAAGCUAAAUAAUUAUAACGGAUGUUAUUUUGUAUUUAAAAAUAGAUUAUGCAUGAAUGGAGCGGAUAAUAUAUGGUACGGGAGGGGAGGAAGAAUAAUAUGGAGAGAAGAGAAUAAAGAAAAUAAUAGCGAAAAUAAUAUAGAGAAAAUAAAGAAUUCAGCUCUUGACUUUCAGUCUAUUUUAUAUAGAAAUACAAGUCAGAUUCCUAGAAAAAGGCAUAGAAUUAUUCUUGAGGAUAAAUAA